UGUUGUUUUUGUUUUGUUUUCUACGUGCGCGGAUGUGUAGGCGGAUGUUCGUUGAAAUUUGUGUAAAUCUCGGUGGAUAAAAAAUAAGAAAGAGAAAAAUAGGCAAAUAUUAAAAGAAAAAUUCAAAAGAAAUUUUUAAUUUCCAUUCAAUAUUAACGGUUAUAAUUCGUAGAAAUAGAAUAUUUCGCGCGAUAUGCAAAAAACGCAGAAUACAAACACAAGCUUUGUUAUUGUGUAUAGAAAAGUAACAAAAGAAAAUUGAUGAAAUAUCGUGUACGCAGAAGCUAUAAAAAAUAGUCAAAACAAAAAAUCGCGUCCUUUAAGGUUGUUUCUUAAAAAAGAAGAUAAAAUUCGUCAAAAUUGAUUUUCGUCGUAUUAAAAUCUUCACAUCAAAACUGGAUUAUAAUCGAUCCAUUGAUAUUGGCACGCAGCAGCAGGAAAAUAAUUCGGGUGUAACCAACAAAAUGGUCAAACGCACCGACGGCACAGAAUCUCCCAUACUGGCUGAAGACGGCGGCGAUGGUCAUGAUAAGCCCCGUUUGCGUUACGGUGAAUUAGUUAUACUUGGAUACAAUGGCUAUUUACCACAGGGUGAUCGUGGACGACGACGCUCCAAAUUUGUGUUGCACAAGCGCACAGAAGCGAGUGGAGUUAAAAGAUCCAAACACUAUAUUGUACAAUCGCCACAGACUUCGAAGGCCAUACUGGAUGCCAAUCAGCAUUCAAUUUCCUAUACCCUAUCACGGAGUCAGGCUGUCAUUGUGGAAUAUAAAGAGGAUACAGAAACGGAUAUGUUUCAGGUGGGACGCUCGUCAGAGUCGCCCAUCGAUUUUGUUGUGAUGGACACGCUGCCUGGUGAUAAGAAGGAUGCCAAGGUUAUGCAGAGCACAAUUUCACGUUUCGCCUGUCGCAUUUUGGUCAAUCGCUGUGAGCCGGCCAAGUCAAAAAUAUUUGCUGCUGGCUUUGAUUCGAGUAGAAAUAUAUUCUUGGGCGAAAAGGCAACCAAAUGGCAGGACAAUGUUGAAAUUGAUGGUCUAACCACAAAUGGUGUCUUGAUAAUGCAUCCAAAGGGCUCAUUCUGUGGUGGCACUGCCAAAUGUGGUCUAUGGCGUGAAUGCUCCGUGGGCGGAGAUGUCUUCAGUUUGCGCGAAUCGCGUUCGGCCCAACAAAAGGGUCAACCAAUCUACGAUGAAUGCAACAUCCUGCAGGAUGGCACACUUAUUGAUCUCUGUGGAGCAACGCUUCUUUGGCGUUCAGCUGAGGGCUUACAACACUCACCGACUAAACACGAUUUGGAAAAGCUAAUCGAUGCCAUUAAUGCUGGUCGUCCACAAUGUCCGGUUGGAUUAAACACCUUGGUUAUACCACGCAAAGUUAACAUUGGAGAUCAAGUGAAUCAGCCUUAUGUGUACUUAAAUUGCGGUCAUGUGCAGGGCCAUCAUGACUGGGGACAGGAUGAGAAUACUGGCGCACGCCGUUGCCCCAUGUGCCUAGAGUUGGGACCCGUUGUUACCUUAUGCAUGGGCUUGGAACCGGCUUUCUAUGUCGAUGUUGGGGCACCGACAUUUGCGUUCAAUCCAUGUGGACACAUGGCGACUGAGAAAACUGUCAAAUACUGGGCUAAUGUCGAGAUACCGCAUGGCACUAAUGGCUUUCAGGCGGUUUGCCCAUUCUGUGCAACGCCGCUAGAUGGUGCGACUGGCUACAUUAAAUUAAUAUUCCAGGAUAAUCUAGAUUAAAUAUACAAAAAUAUUAUAAUUAUAUAUAUAUAUAAAACGCAUAUGCAUACAUAUAUACAAAUAUAUCUAAUUAGAUAUUUGUAGUAACUGAAAAAAUGUCAAAGUUUGAAGGCAGGCAUUAAAACUAGGCUUUAUUUAUUAUCAUGAAUUAUAUGUAUCACAAUAUGAAUAACGCGAAAUGAAAGCGCAUCAAUUGGAAACACUCAAGAAAAAUGUGUAUUAGUUUCUUUCUUUUUCGCUUUAGUUUUGUUGUUUUGUGAAAUUUAAUUGCUGAAUUAUGUUUGCUAAUUAUAUUUUAAAUGAAAUCACCCAUACGAAAGAGAAAAUUAUGUGCAGAUUUUGUUGUUUCCUUUUUAUCGGAUUAUAAUGUAUAAAUUACUAUUUUUUUUUUGGUUUGAUUCGCCAAUGAAACAAUUAUUAAUUGCAUAAUCAAUUCAUGGAGCGAGUAAAUAAUGAUUUGGAAAGGAAAGACGAAGAAGGAAGCGAAGCGAUAAUCGAUUCAAUGUAGAUCGCAGUUAUCUGUAGCCAGCAUUAAAAUUGUGUAUAAUUGUGUAAAAACAUAAGAUUGAAAUAAUCAUAAAUGUAAUCAUAAUCGUUAAAUUUAAUUAAUUGCCACAGCAGCAUCGAUAACAACAAUAACAACAACAACAACAUUUACGUAUGUAUUUCUCACCAAAUCUAGAGCUUACAUAUAUAAACGAAAAAUGUGAAAGAAGAUGAACCUUUAAUCCAAUUAUUAACUGCAAUAUGACUUGAUAGUACAUACGUACAUAUGUAUGUAUAUGUACACAAAUACAUACGUACGUACGUAUAUAUGUAUGUAUAAAUCGUAUAUGUAUGUAUAUCAAAGUGUGGUAAAGCAAAUUCUAAACAUAAAUACAUAAAAUAAAAAAAUUUAAAAACUAAUUAAAACAAUUCCCAAUUGUACAGUUUCAAAACUUUAUCGAGAAUUGCAAAACAAACAAACAAAUUUCAUUAACGCGAACGCAUUUACUUAGUAGAACUUAUUAAAAUGUAUGAAAUACCAUCUCUUGGAUCAGAAAAAUAUAAAAUUGCCAUUCCCAAAGGCCAUAUCUAGUUCAGUUCAGCCAUUUGAUAUCUUCUGCGACAAAGAAUUUCUCUAAUGGCCCGAUAUUGGCAUUGUGGAUGGAAAUUGUUAGACUUGUAUUCAAGCGAUGGCAAAAUUGUAUGUGCAUAUUCAUUUUCUGCCUAAACGCAUUAUGCAUUAUUAUGUUAAUUAUUAUAUAUAUUACGAUUAUUUGUAUUAUUAUUUUCUAUCCAUAAAUAUACAUAAAUACCUAUGUAGACACUCUGUGUGUUCAUAAAAUGUUGCAAAAAACGUGGAUGUUGUAAUAAAAAAAUCACAACAUUUUGCAUUCAAAACAAAACAUAAAACAAUUAGUUCGUAAUACAUUUAAAUUGUAAAAUAAAAAUUUCUAGCAAUACCACAUACAAAACAAAA